CGGCCGAACCGCAGUGGAGAGAGACCAGGGCGGCGGAGGUUGCGGCGCAGGCGGCCUCCACCUCCUCCGAGGUUCCCCAACGCACUGCCCUAGAUUUAUUGCGCAGCUGCUUGGGGUCAUCUCUUCUUUGCUUCUCGUAGGAGUCGCAAUUCCAGGAGCAAUAGCCCAAACGAGGACGCGGUUCCCGCACAGAGGGCUUCAGCACCAUCUCCCCGACCAUUAGGCGGCGGGAUGUCUGUGGUUGGCAUUGACCUCGGCUUUCUCAACUGCUACAUCGCAGUAGCGAGGAGUGGCGGCAUCGAAACCAUCGCUAAUGAGUACAGCGAUAGGUGUACCCCGGCCUGUAUAUCUUUGGGAUCGAGAACGCGAGCCAUUGGAAAUGCAGCUAAGAGUCAGAUAGUCACGAAUGUAAGAAAUACAAUUCAUGGUUUCAAAAAGCUUCAUGGGCGAUCAUUUGAUGAUCCUAUUGUGCAAACUGAAAGGAUCAGGCUUCCCUAUGAACUGCAGAAGAUGCCUAAUGGAAGUGCAGGAGUUAAGGUGCGAUACUUAGAAGAAGAGAGACCAUUUGCAAUUGAGCAAGUUACCGGAAUGUUACUGGCUAAGCUUAAAGAGACUUCAGAAAAUGCUUUGAAGAAACCAGUGGCUGACUGUGUGAUUUCAAUUCCUAGCUUUUUCACUGAUGCUGAGAGGAGAUCUGUGAUGGCUGCAGCCCAGGUUGCCGGUUUAAAUUGUUUAAGGUUAAUGAAUGAAACUACUGCAGUUGCACUAGCAUAUGGAAUUUAUAAACAGGAUCUUCCUCCAUUAGAUGAAAAACCAAGAAAUGUAGUAUUUAUUGAUAUGGGACAUUCUGCCUAUCAGGUUGCAGUUUGUGCAUUUAACAAAGGAAAACUUAAAGUGUUGGCUACUACUUUUGAUCCAUAUUUGGGUGGCAGGAACUUUGAUGAGGCUUUAGUAGACUACUUCUGUGAUGAGUUCAAGUCAAAAUAUAAGAUAAAUGUGAAAGAAAACUCUCGGGCCUUGUUACGUUUAUAUCAGGAAUGUGAAAAACUAAAGAAGUUAAUGAGUGCAAAUGCAUCAGAUCUUCCACUGAACAUUGAGUGUUUCAUGAAUGACCUUGAUGUUUCAAGUAAAAUGAACAGGGCUCAGUUUGAACAAUUAUGUGCUUCCCUCUUUGCCAGGGUUGAGCCACCAUUAAAAGCAGUAAUGGAACAAGCUAACUUACAACGUGAAGACAUAAGUAGUAUAGAAAUUGUAGGCGGAGCAACACGAAUUCCUGCAGUAAAGGAACAGAUCACUAAAUUCUUUCUUAAAGACAUAAGUACUACAUUAAAUGCUGAUGAAGCUGUUGCAAGAGGAUGUGCAUUACAGUGUGCAAUUCUCUCACCAGCGUUUAAAGUGCGUGAAUUUUCCAUAACAGACCUUGUUCCUUAUUCAAUCACGUUAAGAUGGAAGACCUCUUUUGAAGAUGGAAUUGGGGAAUGUGAAGUAUUCUGUAAGAACCAUCCUGCGCCAUUCUCAAAAGUCAUUACUUUCCACAAGAAGGAACCAUUUGAACUAGAAGCAUUUUAUACUAAUUUACAUGAAGUGCCUUAUCCUGAUCCAAGAAUUGGGAUCUUCACUAUUCAGAAUGUUUUCCCACAAUCUGAUGGUGAUAGUUCCAAAGUGAAGGUUAAAGUUCGUAUUAACAUCCAUGGAAUCUUCAGUGUGGCUAGUGCAUCAGUAAUUGAGAAGCAAAAUGUAGAAGGAGAUCACAGUGAUAUUCCUAUGGAGACAGAAACUUCUUUUAAGAAUGAAAGCAAAGAUGAUGUGGAUAAAAUGCAGGUUGACCAAGAAGAAGGAGGUCAUCAAAAAUGUCAUGCUGAACAUACUCCAGAAGAAGAAAUUGAUCAUACAGGCACCAAAUCAAAGUCUGCUCCUUCAGAUAAACCAGAGCGAUUAAACCAGACCAUUAAAAAAGGAAAAGUCAAGAGUAUUGAUCUACCUAUCCAGAGUAGCCUGUGUAGACAACUGGGCCAAGAUCUUCUCAAUAGCUACAUUGAAAAUGAGGGGAAGAUGAUAAUGCAGGAUAAGUUAGAGAAGGAAAGAAAUGAUGCAAAGAAUGCUGUUGAAGAAUAUGUAUAUGAUUUUAGAGAUAAGCUUGGCACUGUCUAUGAAAAAUUCAUCACUCAAGAAGACUUGAAUAAACUGUCAGCAAUAUUGGAAGACACAGAAAACUGGCUUUAUGAAGAAGGAGAGGACCAACCUAAACAAAUUUAUGUGGAUAAGCUUCAAGAACUAAAGAAAUAUGGCCAGCCGAUUCAAAUGAGGUACAUGGAACAUGAAGAGAGACCAAAAGCUUUAAAUGACUUGGGAAAAAAGAUCCAACUUGUUAUGAAAGUGAUAGAAGCAUACAGAAACAAGGAUGAAAGAUACGAUCAUCUGGAUCCUGCUGAAGUGGAAAAAGUUGAAAAAUUUAUCAGUGAAGCCAUGAGCUGGCUGAACAGUAAGAUGAACGCACAGAACAAACUAAGUCUCACUCAAGAUCCUGUGGUCAAAGUUGCAGAAAUAGUUGCAAAGUCAAAGGAACUGGAUAAUUUCUGUAACCUCAUUUACAAGCCCAAACCGAAAGUAGAGGUUGCUGAAGACAAAGCAAAAGCUAAUAGUGAACACAACGGUCCAAUGGAUGGACAGAGUGGGAGUGAAACUAAACCAGAUACAACAAAAGACAGCUCACAGCAUACUAAAUCUUCUGGAGAGAUGGAAGUGGACUAAAUCUUAAUUAACUUCAUGUAAUUGAAACAGUGCAAGUAACCACAGGGUCCAUUCUUCUUUUACAUCUGGUACACAAAACAGAUGUUUAGUUGUUCUUAACCACUUUUUGUCAUUUAUUUUUUGGAGUAGUUUGAAAAGUGUUUUAUGUUGAGAGCACUUCUGUUCAUUUCCAUUGCUGCUUAUGUGAAGCUUUAGCUGAAUAUAGAUUUACAAGUCAGUUUAAGCUUUCCUAAUAUAUUUUAUAUCAAACAUGCAAGAUUGAUAAGUAGUUGGCAACAGUCUACCUUAUUUAAGCUUCUACUUGGAUAAACCUCAGAGCUCCUUUAUUCAGGAAAGGAUACUGUAUUGCACUAUUAUUGCAGAAGAAUAGAUUUAACUGCAUCAUUAUUUUGAAAAACAAGUAUUGAAAUUGAUGUGGUUUAAAGCCACUGAAGCACUAACCUUUUUAUAGUUAUUAUAUUGUUAUAAUUUUAAAUAAGAGGUUCCUUGACAAAUUAGUCAGUCUCACUGGUGUGUCAUGAGAACUCUAAAACUUUGCUGUCGUCAUAUAUAUGAACUAAAUCACAACACUGAAAGGGAAAAUGCACAAUUUUAUUUUAAGGUGACACCAGCAGUUUGCUUCUUUGUAAGUUAUGUGGAGUGAUGUUUCUUAGAGUAAUUCACUGUCUCUUGCACUUGAAACUUCUGAUCUACUUGUCCUGAAGACCAGCUGCUGUAAAGUAAAGCUAGUCUAAAGAUGAUGCAGCAUUUUUGAUGAAAAUACCUUCAUGUUAAGAGAGGGAAAUAGUGUUGAUCUACCCAGACAUGGAUCUGUGAUGUUGACAGCCUUGUUUCAGUUUUAAUAGUUGUUUUGGUUUUCUUAAUUGAUUUUGUUAAUAUGUUAAUGCAAGUUAGGGAGACAUGGCACAAUAUGUAUUGCAUUAUAUAUAUUUAUCAGUGAUUUACUUAAUGUUAACAUAUAGAUAAACACUAUGAAAUAAGUGGUAAUACUUGAAAAGAAGCACUUAAUACUGUAAGUCUUAGGAAAUAAUGCUUGUAAUAAACUUAACUAUCAUAAACUUACAUAUCAACAGGCAAAAUACAGAAUGUUACAUAGUGUAAUAUGAUGUGAUUAAAUUAUAGUUCCCACUAUUACAUUCCCUGUUCAGACCUUGGCUCCAGUUUUGGUGCUUCAUAUAUAAAUUACGUGGGACAAGGGACUAUGAAAUUAAGAUAUUUUAAGGACUUAAUAUGUGCUUCAUUACCAGACUUGUUCAAGCUGUUCAGUUCUGUCCAGAAGUUGAAACUAUAUAAAUAUGGAACAGACUGAGCUGACUUUACAACCUACAAGAAAAAGAAGCAAAGACAACGUAUGGGCACUGUGUUGUUAAUGGCAAUCAACUAGAUUGACUUAGGUUAAAAUUUUGACACCUCAGUUUUUCCCCAAGCUACAUCUUUAUAUUAAGAAGAAUUAAUAUUGACUUUUCUUAAGUAGUAAAAAUUGAGAGUUUAAUAUCUUUAGGGAUAGUCAUUACUUCUCACAACUAGUUCUCUAAGAGAGAUUUUGUUUCUACAAUGUAGUCUGCACUGAAAAGAAAGUAUGGAGCAGUGCAUUUUGCAGGGAUUUUUAUUCAUCCUUUUUGAGGGAGAUGUCCUGUUUUUGCAUUAAAAAAUCAUAUGCACCCAAUAUAUUUUUAAAUGUCUUUUAGUCUUUAAUGAAACAAUUAUAUCCAUUAGUAAUGAUGAAAUACAUUUUUAAAAGGCAUGUAAUGGUUACUUUUCAUUUGUAUGUUGAAUAUAGGUUCAGUAAAAGCAUCAAAGUUAUAAAAGGGAAUAUUAACAGUACACAGGGAGUUCAUAGUUUUUUUCUUGGGUUAAGAAAAUCUCUACCCACCCUCUAUGUUAGAAGCUGUACCUACAAAACUAAUUGGGAAUAAAUAUGGGAACAACUCUUUUUGCAUCUGAAUUGUUUAGUAUAUCCUGACAUUUUCAGUUCCUCAAGUUAGUUUAUGUAGUUCUAUGUUUUUGUCAGAAUUAUAGCAUUCCAAUUUCUGCAGUUAUAUUUUAUUUAAUAAGUUAAAUACAUCCAAUAAUAAUGUGUAUACUUUUCUUCACCAUUUAUUCAACUUAAAUGAUAUUUUCAAAAGCCCUAUAGUUAUUUACUGAAUACAUUAAUAAAAGGGGGAAAUGUUCUCCAUACUACAGUUUUUGGUAGAAGGUAUGGGUUUAGUUUCAUUUUAAUCUGCAUCAAAUCUGCAGUGCUAGGAAAAAAGAUUUUUUUCAAAACAAAAGGCCACUAUUUUAGAAGUUAAUUUUAAAAAUACAUAGCAAAAUAGGAUGUUUUCUUGUAGUAAGCAAAAAAGAACUAAGUAUGUAGGAACUAUCUAGGAUGAUUAAUAAAUAUAAAUUAACACAUUUGACCCUAUGGAAAAGUAUAAAUUACUUGGUUUCAGAAAUCAACUCCUGAUGGCCAAUUAUACUGUGCUUUUAAAAACAAAGAUCACUAAACAAUAUAACUAAAGAAAGUCUGUGAUGUUUUAAUUCUUUAGCAACAUACAGAAUUCUUAAGUUUUGAAACAACUACAAACAGCACACCAAAAAAUGAGGCUAUUGCAAAAAUCUCAAUUUUAAAAAUGUAAAAAUUAGACAUUAAUGAAGAUUAAUAAAGAUUUCUUAGAUUUUUGGGGGCUCAGUUUUUUAGUAUAUUUAUGUUUCCUAGCUAAAAAUCUUUUUGUUUAAAGUGAAUUUGGCGGGGUGGGAGUCAGUUAUUAAUACAAUAGAAGUUUUUUUUUUUUUUUUUUUUUUUUUUUUGGCCAUGCUCAUGGUAUGUGGAAGUUCUCAGGCCAGGGAUCGAACCACACCACAGUGACAAUGCCAGAUCCUUAACCCACUGAGCUGCUGCAGUGACAAUGCCAGAUCCUUAACCCACUGCGCCAAAAGGGAACUCCUAUAAUAAAAAUGUUUUAUCCAAAUCAGCACAUCCUCAUUAAUUUGGAAAAAUUAAAGACAGUAGACAUUUGAGUACGGUAAUCAGCUGACCCCAAAUAGAUAAGUAUCUCUCUAUUUUCAUAAAUUUGUAGUAAUAAGUUUAUAGAUACUCACAUUAGGAUUUUCUGUUUUGUUUUUAAUAGUUGGUAUUUGGCAGUCCACCACAAAGCCUUGGUAUUAAUUUUACAUAUCAUAGAUUUAGAAGUGAUAGAAAAAUAUAACUUCAUAUUUCUCACCCUUUAGAAUUUUACAACAAAAAACUUCAUUUCUAAAUUAAAUGUUCUUUUGUGGCUAGGCUUUAGAAGUUUUUAGUUUGAAGUGGAAUUUCGAUUUUUUGAUAUUUGUUAUGUAAACCUUAAUGAGAAGCAUAUCUAAUUGUAUUGAUAUAUCAAUAUUAAAAUUGAAUGGCAUUGAUUAAAGUUAGCUACUGAUGACUUUUCAAAUGACAUGGAUGUAGAGAUAAAGUUUGAUUCUAAUGUUUUAUUAUACUCUUACUAUAAUAUGUUUUAUAACUCUCAUUUACCAAACUAAUCUUCUUAGUCAAUUUCAGAAGAGACAGACUUUUUAAUCAGGAAAGAAAAAAAGUAGGUUUAAAAUUAAACUUUUGCUUUUUGUCAAGAUUUGACUUAAAGUAUACUUUUAAAAUAACUCCCAGUAAGCACAUAAAUCUUUGCUUUUGAUAAAAAGUAAUAAAGUUUAAUUCAGAUCAAGACCAAGUCUUUAACCAAAACAAAAACUUUAGUUAUUAUACUCCCACAUCUCUAAUUUAAAAUGAACUAAAAUUAAUAUACUUCCAUAUACUAUUUCCUAACGGAACAACUCUGGGUUUAUGAUACAGCCAGAUGUCUUCCUAAGUUUUUUUUUUUUUUCCUUGCUGAUUUCAGGGUAACUGUUUCAUAUAAUAACGGCACUUGGAAUUUUUAGAAUGUUAACAAACUGCUUAGGGAAAACAAAAAAACAAAAAACAAAAACCUAAAUGUCUAUGGCAGUGGUUAGUACCCCUAGGUGGUAGUGGCUCUUUCACCUUCUGAAUCUCUAGGAGUACCCUUAGCAUAUUGUUAAGAGUUAGCAUUAAGAGAAAAAGCACUUCUGUUAAAAUAAAGUGACUUGGAGCUUUCAAGACAAACAAAAAUAAUAAUUGAAUCAUGAACAUUUGAUUCAGUCUGUCAAGCAGGUCAAAAUCCACAACAAAAAUGAAUGGUACGAUCUUUGCUUUGGAAUCUCUAAUUUACUGUCAUGUCCUAAGUCACAGGAUGAGUAUUAAGGAAGUAUAUGAUAAAAAUUACCUAUCCUGUAAAUAUAUUGGUGAACUUCAACAUGUUUCAGUUUAUUACAUUAUAGUGUAUAAACUAUAAAUGGAAAUGAUCUUAGUCUUUCUUGAUACCUUGUUUUAUUCUCUCAUUCAAUUCUAGAAUCCUAAAUAAUCAUUUCUCCCAAUUAUAUUUUGCUUUUUUAUUUUGAAUUAGGUCUUUUAUUUCUUGGAUUUAAAAAGUUUCGCUGCUUUCCUAUCACUUUGAUAGUUAAUUUUAUUACCUGUUGUUUUUACUUUAAAACCAAAUCUUACUGUUAUAAGAAUUUUUUGACUCUUAAAUUCAUAUUUGAAAAGCCAUGUUACAGGUUUCUGUAUGUCAUAUCUCUAAAGUUUAAUAACAGCUUAACAGAUUUUUAUGUCCUGGCCUUUGAAUACUUUUAAGUACUUCUGGACCCAGAGAGGUCAGUUUGUAAGUAUUGUGUAUUAAGUAACCAAGUAUCAAAGUAACAAAAUUAUAAAAGGGUCAGAAAUCCAAAAUAGUUUUUAAAGAUUAGACACCAUCCAUUCUUUGCUGCUUUCUGAUUACAUACAUGUGUUGUGGAUCUUCCUUGUGUUUUUAGAAUUCCUUAAAUGUUUUGCUUCCAAGACCUUGAGUUAACAUGUUCUUGAAAUCAUAUGGACCCAUUUAGAAUGUAGAUGGAAAAAUGUAAUUAGAAAUGGAGAUCUAAGUAAAGGAAACUUUAAAGUGUUGUGGAUUUUUCCCUCUGAAAUAAUACUUUUAUGGCUUAGUGUCUUGGAAGGAGACAUUAAAAAUAAAAAUUUUGUAUUUGGCAGAAUGAAGCCACUGUUGUUUAAUAUAGAAGCAAUUUUUAAUGAAGUUACUGAAUUAUUUAGUACUAAUAUGGCAUCCAAGUCAUUUCUCUUUUCAACCAUUAUUAAAAUAAUUUGUAUACAUAAUGUAAAAAAUACCUUUUAGUUCCUACUGGCUAAUAUUUUUUUUAAAGAAUACUACAUUUGAUUUCUAAACUUCUCAGUUUGUUUUCAGCACAAAGGGUAACCAAUGCAAUGUGGAAAAUCAUAGUCAAGUGUGAUGUGUCUAUAAAAAUAAUUGAGUUUUGCAUGUAACAGACCCUUAGCAUCAGUGAGCAGACAUGAGAACAGUUUGUGAUGUUAAGCUGGUAAUGUUCUUAUAUAUAACACCAAUAUAUAUUUCGUAUACAAUUCUGCUUCACAAACAUAUCCAUAAAAUGUUUACAUAUGGCAGAAUCAAAGUAUAUAAAAACAUUUGCUGUGUAAAAUGGCAUCUUCUUAUUAGUGAACAAACAGCAAUGAUGAAUGCAUUUCUGGAUGGCAAGUGCAUAUUGUCAAGAAGUCAUAUAAUUGUAAUAAAUAUAUAUCUACUUACUCCUUGAA